UCUUGCUCAAGUUUGUCUCCCUUUGUACUUUUUUUUCAAUACCAUUUCAUAGGACGGGCAGCCAACUUUAAAUAGUUUUUAAAAAAAGCUCAGAUCCUGUUUAUACAUCACUGUCUGUUAGUGAAAUUUUAAACUUAAAAUGAUGGAGUACACAUUGAUAUUUCUACUAAUACUGACAUAUUUAACAUCACAGACGCAAGGUGCCGUUUGCAACAGUGCAGGCUCUCAAUUUUCUUCUCCUCGACCCUACAAAGGAAAAUGCUACUACCUAUCAACAUUCUCUCCUAGGAACUACGAGGAAGCGAACUCGUACUGCGAAAAGCUGGGGGGCUACUUAGCUGAACUUGAUGACUGGGAUGAGCUCCGCUUUGCCCAGAGCGUUGUCAUGUCGUCAGACCGCGACAUCGUCUACAUCGCCGGCUCAGACCGCGCGCAGGAGGGCAAAUGGAUCUUCCCGAGAACUGGGAAAGCAAUGUGGGUCUUCGACUGGAAGGUGAAUGAGCCCAACAAUCUGGAUAAUGUUGAGAACUGCGUCCACCUCUGGAAGUCCUACAACGCCAAAAUGAAUGAUUACAUCUGUGAGUUCACUAAACAAAAGAGUUACUUCCUUUGCGAAGUGUAGAUUGAUCUACUGUCUCCCCUCGAAGUAUUUUUGUUUUCAAAUGAUACUUGAAAAGGAAUCUAUUCACUUUCAUGAAAAAGAAAGUUACACAAUACUUA